UCCAUUAUGGACAUGACGUAGCGGCAGUGCAAAAAAAAGAAAGAAACUGCGUUCAUUGUGGCUCCAGAGUUCUGGGGCAAGUCCGUACCUGUUUCUCAAGAAUCUCGGAGCCAACAUGGCCGCCGGACCGAGCCAGUUUCCCUCACCGUUUUAUAUGAAAACAACUGAAAAAGUAGGAGGGUAGCGUAGCAGCAACAACAUCAGCGUCACAUGAUUCAUAAAGCCAGGCUGCCCUGUUCCAAUAUGGUGGUCAGCUUGGCGGAGCUGCGUCUCCCGUUGAUCAUAUCGUUCCUCUGCGGGUUCGGAACCUGCAGCCUUCAAGAGACGCAGGUUUACGGACUGCGCCUGGAGGACGUUACCGAGCAGGUGUUCAUGCGCGAACGGGUCAUCGUAGCUCCGCACGGGACCACUUUCAAGCUCAGAUUGUUUGGGUCCUACCUGUCCAAUGAGACCUGGCCGUGGGUCGCGUUCGCCGCGGAUGGAGGCGGUUCGGGUGACCCGUGCGCGCUGGAGGAACGCCGCAACUCCUCUGCGUUCCGGUUCCGCGGAGCGUUCGCGUCGGAUGACGAGAACAGCGGGAUUAUAGAAGUCCAGACCGAAGCUGCAGCAUCCGAACCGGAGAGUAAAGAUGCAGAGCCUGUGCUCCAUCAUUUCUGCGUCUUAAAGGGCCAGGCGUGGGGCUCUGUCGGGUCGGACAAGUUGGUUAUUAAGAACCCGGAUGUGCCAUCAGAUUACAUUCCAUUAUGGGGUCUGAUUUUGGUGGUUGUGCUUCUGGUUUUGGUUUGCAGUGUGGUCAGAUGUGUGAAUCUGAGUUUGCUGUGGCUGGACCCACUGGAGCUGUAUGUUCUGCACAGCUGCGGUUCGGAGGAUGAAAAGCGGGUGGCCAAGCGCCUCAAGCCCAUCCGGAGGAGAGGAAACGUUCUGGUUUGUUCGCUCUUGUUCAUUUGUGCUUUGGGACACUCGGUGCUCGGCGUCCUGUUGUACCACCUCUAUGGCUCCAUCGUGCCCGCUGUGUUCACUAGUGGCUUCCUCAUAUCGUAUAAUGAGUUCGUCAAGGUGGAGUUCAGUAAAGGCGCUCUCAGGACCAAAACCGUGGAGGACAUCCUGACCCCCCUGAAAGACUGCUUCAUGCUGCCCUCCACGGCCGUGCUGGACUUCAACACCAUGUCCGAGAUCAUGCAGAGCGGCUACACUCGCGUCCCGGUGUAUGAAGAGGAGAGGUCCAAUAUCAUCGAAAUCCUGUACGUCAAAGACCUGGCGCUGGUUGACCCGGAGGACCGCACUCCCAUGACCACCAUCACCAAGUUCUACAACCAUCCUCUGCAUUUUGUGUUUAAUGACACCAAGCUGGAUGCAAUGCUGGAGGAAUUCAAAAAAGGAAACUCACACCUGGCCAUCGUUCAGAAGGUGAAUAAUGAGGGUGAAGGAGAUGGCCGUGUGGAGGUGGAGAUCGGGAAAGAGGGUUUGAAGUUUGAUAAUGGUGCGUUCACCUACUACGGCGUUUCAGCGCUCACAGCUCCCUCCUCAG